CUGGACUGGAAAACUGAGCCUCAACUUUAGCCCAUACUCUUUGGGCAAUAUUAACAUUUAUUAAUUCAAGUUGGAACUUAUUAUUAAUAAUAAUAAAAAACAAAUAACAGUUUUCUCCAUCAAAGGUGAUGGGUGUAUUGAAAAAUGAUUUAAAGACACUUGUCAUACGGAAUUAAUCAUUGAUCAUUUAGUCCAAUGUUUCUCUUGUCACAAUGAAUCGAACAUCUUGUUUGCUGCUUCAGAGGUUUGUAACAUUACCUCGUGGUUCGAUCUUUCGAAAAUUUGAGGGGCCAUCAAGGAGAUAUUUCUCCAGCAAAGAGAAGAAUGCGGGAGAGGAAAUUUGUAACAUCGGAACGAUUGGUCAUGUAGAUCAUGGCAAAACAACAUUAACAGCGGCAAUAACGAAAGUAUUAUCUGAAGAAUUAAAAACUUGCAAAUAUGUACCAUUUGAUGAGAUUGAUAGAGCCCCCGAGGAGAAAGCAAGGGGCAUUACGAUAAAUAUUGCACACGUUGGUUAUUCAACAAAAUUGAGAAGAUAUGCUCAUACAGAUUGCCCUGGUCAUGCUGAUUUUAUCAAAAAUAUGAUUAGCGGAGCAUCACAAAUGGAUGGAGCAAUUUUGGUCGUGGCUUCUGAUGAUGGGACUAUGCCACAGACUCGAGAACAUCUUUAUUUAGCUAAACAAUUGGGUGUUAAUCACAUUGUUGUCUUUAUUAAUAAGGCGGACCUGGUGGAUGAAGAAUUAUUAGACCUGGUGGAAAUUGAAGUCAGAGAGCUCUUAACCAAUACUGGUUUCGAUGGAUGUGCCACCCCAGUUGUUAGGGGCUCAGCAUUAUCGGCCCUCAACAGCGAAAAAUCUCAUUACGGUGUCGAUUCAAUUAAGAGAUUGAUGGAUGCUGUUGACAAUUAUGUGCCUACACCAGUCAGAGAUUACAAAUCACCAUUUCUGUUACCAAUUGACAAUAUCUUCAAUGUACCCGGGAGAGGAACUGUUGUUGUUGGAACUCUCAAAAGGGGAAUAAUAAAGAAAAACGAUAGUGCCGAUUUACUCGGUUUCAAUAAUGAUGCAAAAACAAGUAUUUCAGAUAUUCAGAUUUUUAAGAAGAGCGUACCUCAAGCUAUGGCAGGAGAAAACAUAGGAGUUUUAUUGAGAGGUAUUAAGUAUCAAAAUAUAUGCCGCGGAAUGAUGCUCUGCCAGAAAAAUUCUCUCGUCUCCAGUAAUCAUUUUGAAGCACAGCUAUAUCUCUUAGAUACAUCUGAGGGUGGAAGACAUCGGCCGCUUCCGGCCAACGGACACUGUACACCUAUUUAUAGUGCAACGUGGACAGUGCAAUGCAGAUUUGAUUUGAAAUUAGAUGGUAAUACUAAGAUGUUGAUGCCAGGCGAACAAUGUGCAACCAAUUUGACUCUUGUGAAACGAAUGCCGAUUAUAGAGGGACAGUCUUUCACCAUUCGUGAAAACAGGAGUACAGUGGCUACUGGAAUUAUAACAAAAGCACUGAAAUCAAUUCAGAUUGACAAAAGAAAAUUAAAUCUUAUUGUUGUACCUGGUAUAAAACAGAUGAAAGAAUAAAAGUUGAAGAUAUAAUCUUUUUUUCCUGUUGUCUCCAAGAUCUUCAAUUUUAUUUUCAUUUUAUUGAUGCGGCUUUCGAAUUAUUUGAUUGUAUAUACAAUGACUGAAAUACAAUAAAAUAACAUUUUAACAAAAUGAGGUGAUACACCUUUAUUAAAGAUAAACGCGUGUUAUAUCCACAUUAUGUUUAUCGUCAUGACUAUCGAGUUUUUCUUCAUUUAAAUUUCACUUAUUACUCAAAUCACGUUUUGCUUAUGUUUAUCUGAAAAUGUCGGGAAACUGCUGAGAAUGUUUUCUUGACUAACAAACGCAUAUAAUUGAUGAUUCCUGUCAACAUGGAUACUGAAGUCGACCUAUGGCGGGCUCAGCAUUGCAUCUUUCCUUGUCUUUUCUUCCGUAUAACAGCUAUCUAUUAGACACAAUUUUGAGUAGAACAUAGUAGAUUUACGCGUUGAACGAAGCAAGAAAAUCAGUGACAAUUUUCUUGAGCUUAGCAUCAGAUGCUUCGCUGAUGACAUUUUCCUUGGCAAUGGUAGCGGUGAGAUCCU